CUGGGCGACGCCGGCCAUGGCUGCCAUGUGGGUCCCGCCUCUGGCGCUCGCGUUGCUCAUCUUACCAACUUCAGCAGCCGCUGAGAUUCGAUACAAGGAGAUUGACUUCGGCAGCCUCACGUGCAAUGAAAUGAAAGACGUGGAGCCACUGGAGGGUUGCCGGUUUUCCUUCGUCAACGGAACUGAGCAACAGGUCAGCUGUAAAUUGGCUGUCAAACAGAAACAGGAAAACGACAAUGCUUUGUCCUUCCGGAGGUUUCUGCUCAAUACGAUGAAUUUUCGCAUUCUUGCUGCGUUACCAAGUGACCAGCAUGCCUACUGUGCUUCGAUUGCAUCUAUUCACUUACAAAUAAGGGACAACGACGUAACAGAGAGCCAUACCGAAACUGAUCUGCCUCCAGGCUUCAUCACCUUCCUAAAUUUCUUCACGAACGACAGCUUUGCUCACAUCGACUUCACCAAGGAUGUUCCUGUAGCUACUGUCACCCUCUCCCCGGAGUGUCAAGGUUUGCCAAGGAAGGACCUGCGGUCGGAGUGCGUGGACAAGGUCUUGUUUCUGAAGGAAAUUAAACGAGGAACGUUUAAACUAGAUUUCAACGGUGACCAUUUCUGGAGCUUCCUGAAGAGACGCUUUGUCGAAAACCUCGGCGCCGAGUUGACGCAGCUGUCGAUAACCAAAUCCGAUCGGCUGUCCCUCGUCCCGCUGCAGUUCAUUACGCGGGUGCUGUCCCCGGAGCUGCGCAUGAAGGAGCUGACGGCCGCCGGCAUGCCUCUGGGCGAGGUGCACGAGCCGCUGGUCGCCAUGCCAACGCUGCAAGUGCUCCGGCUGCCCGGGGACGGCAUCACUAAACUCGGUGCAGCGGCACUGCAGUCUGUGCCCGAACUGAAAGAGUUGGACCUGUCUGCCAACGAGCUGGAAGAGCUGCCGCAGUCGUUACCUGGAGGGCUGGAGAUCCUCAACGUCGCCUACAACAGACUGUCUGCCCUCACCAUGCUUUCCGCCUCCCUCCUCAACCUCAACGUUUCCAACAACAACAUCGCGACGCUGCCGGAGCCGCUACCCGCUGGUCUGGAGACGCUGGAUGCGUCCCACAACAGGCUGCAGCGGUUGCCCCAGGGCCUGCCAGCUGGGCUGCAGCUGCUGUCCCUCUCCCACAACCAGCUGCAGGUGCUGCCUGACAAGCUGCCGCCCAAGCUACAAGUCCUGCAGGUGUCACACAACACGCUGCAGACGCUGAGUCCGCAGAUGCUGGUGCCGCUGCAGCAGCUGCAGGUGCUCGACGUGUCCCACAACGAGCUCACCAACGCCGACGGCCUGUGGCUGUCCCACCAGCUGCGGCUGCUCAACGUCUCCCACAACGCGCUGCUCCACCUCAGGCUGCUGGGACCGGGAAACGCGUCAUACAUCGACGCCUCCUACAACCGAAUCGAAUCUUGGAAGGUUCGAGCGGGUCAUCUAACCUUGGUGGGGAAUGCACGAUCACCACUGGGACUCCAGUUCCUCAGAGCUGAUGACUCAGUAAUGACCAUAGACCUGGGCGACAACAUGCUACUGAGCUGUGAUCCCUGCUCAAGUGAUGCUGAAGUCACUCGGCAGCUACGCCAGUGGAUGGAAAAACAAGGAAAUUCGUCGUCGGACAGACUUCGACUGGUGCGUCCGGAGCAGCCGGUAUGCAGCGACCCGCAAGAGAGAGCCGGCAAGCCCGUGGCGACGAUGAAAGACCUGGACGACGGGUCCGGCUGCCCUGGGUCCCCCCGCUACGUGGCCCAGUUCGUGGUGCUCCUCAUCAGCCUGCUUGCCGCGAUCGUGGCCAUAACCCUCCUCUGCUACCAUCGCAGGUACGAGAUAACGUACGUGUGCCACCUGAUGAAAAUGCGGCGUGAGAGGGUGGCCGCCGAGCGGCGCCAUCCCUCAAGCUACAAGUACGACGCCUUCGUCUGCUACAGCAGCGCAGACCGCGCCUGGGUGGUGGGCCAGCUGCUGCCCAAACUGGAGCAUGCCGGGGAUUCCCCUGACGAGCCGGCGCUGCGCCUGUGUCUGCACGAGAGGGACUUCCCGCUCGGAUCCUUCAUUGCUGACAACAUCGUUUCCUCCAUGAAGGACAGCCGCUCCACCGUCAUCGUCCUGUCUCAAGCGUUCGUCGACAGUCAGUGGUGCCGGUGGGAACUGGAGGUGGCGUCGAACAAGGUGCACCACCUGGUGCUGCUGGAGCUGGAACGGAUGAACCGGUCGCGGCUGCCGCGAAACCUGCGCUACCUGAUGGACACGCGCACCUACCUGGAGUGGCCGGCGCAGCGGCGUGCGCAGGAGGCAAAGUGGAGGCAGCUGCGGGCCGUGCUCGCCGCCCCGGGCGCACCCACGAGCGCCGCCGCAGACGGCAGCGACGACGCCGAUGCCGGGGUGUCCGGUGCAGGCGAACAGCCGCAGCAGAACGGCAGCCUGAAGGAACAUCCAGUGUGACGCUGACCCUGCGUGCGGGUUCAUCACUUCGGUUUGGACUACGUUUCAUUGUUAUAAUCAGCUCUUACUGUGUAAGUGCUGCCUUAAUAUCCGUCAAUUAGCGUGGUAGAGUGGAAGCUACGGAUCGCUACCACUAUCGAAAGUUGACGUACUCAGCGGAAGCUGCAGGUGUCAUAGAUCGCGCAGGAUAUGGUGGCAGAUGCACAAUGACCAGUUUUCGUCCAAAGCGCUGGGCUGGGCCGCCCCUCGGAGACCCUGCACCCCAUCCUCGCCUCUUUCCCUCCCACGUCCCUCCCGCACUGGUCCUCUUCGGCGCGCCCCCCGCCCAUCUCCCCCCCUCUCUUCCCCUCCCUCCCUUCUUUCCUUCUUCCUCAUCUCCUUGCGCCUGGCAGAUCCUCCGUUUUGAUCAUCCAGUGUGCCACGUCAGUGUUGUAUUUGGUGCUGUUCUCCUGUGCGUCGAGAGGUGUGAUUUUAAUUGUGUGCUGGCCUUGUACUCAGUGUUACUGUCAGUGAUUGUUAUGUGGUACGCCAUCCGUCGAUACUUUUAUGCUCCUGUCAUACUUCGCCUUAUGUUCUUUUAAUUGCCGCAGUGUGUGAUUUUUUGUUUGGACUACUUUUUUACGGUUUUUAUCCCCAUUUUACAGUCGCCCCUUUUUGUCUAUUGUCUUCCAUAAUGUUACUCCCUUUUUUUAUAUCUAUGUACAACAUGUUUUCUCCUUUGUUAUUUUUAAAUGACUUCUAUUGUAUGUGCUAUGUCUUUCGGCUGAAGAGCAGCGCAUAUGCUGCUGCCAGCCCGUCCCGAUGGGGGAUUGAAAUACAAUAAAGAAAAAACAAAAAACAAAAAAAUCGCUGGGUCGUUUCAUUCGUUUGUUCAGAAGAGGACGCCGACGAGCGUUUGCCACCUUUUGGCCGGUCGGCGAUGACAGAAUCGACGCGAACACACCGCAAUCUUUCUCAAACUAUUUUACAGAGUGUAGUCGGUAAAAAAAUCGUUUUUGUUUUACUUAUAGAUUUACAUGUGCCGUUUAUUGUGAUGUGCCCAUCUGUUUCGUUAAUGGCCAUAGUUAUUGUGAUGUUUACGUCAAAGCAAGACACUGCGUGGAAUUCGGAGAAGUGUGCAAUGAAAAAUAGAGAUCGCUAUGAUUUUGAAUUUGGUGAAUAUUACGUAAUAUGUUGUUGCGUAUGAAAUUUAGCUAACAUAUUAAAUUUUUCUUUAGACUUGGGUAGAGGUAUCUGUGUGACACGAAUUUCGUGAAAAUUGAUCUGAUGUAGCACACUCAUUUGCGAUCACGCCGCGCCAGUGAUAAACAUUCCUCAUAUUUCAUAAACGGUUUCAGAUAUAGAAAUGAGAUUUAGAAAAAUGAUAGCACGCGAAGCGGACAGUUUUUACCGUAUCGUUAUUAUGUAAAACUUCAUUAUCUACCGUGUUUUGCCGAUAACUACAGACUUUUUCGCUGAAAGAAUGUAAUUUUAAGAGCCAUCUGUCUGUGGUGAAACGAGAAAUGCUAUGGGUUUUGGAACAACAUAUCUGAAGACAUUACACGU